AGUGCAAAGGACGUUCAGGGCAUAUUUGUACUAACUUAUCUGGGUAAAGAGAAAGCUGUUCCUUUAAACUGUGUUUGCUGUGACUCUGGAAACUGAGCAAACAAAAUCUGAGGGACACUUUACUCUCAAGCAGAACUGACAAGAAUGUAGAAGGACUGAAGGACAGCGAACUUCUGUAGGACAUACCUGUCUCUGGAUUCACAACUGAAUUGCAAAUCCCUAACUGUUUGGGAGAGUUUAAUUCAGACUUUUUGGAUAUACCUCAUCUCAAUGGCAAACGAGAGACUGGCUCAGCCUCUGAGUGUCAGACUGCUGCUUUGGUCUCCAUGAGCUCUGGGCAAGUGUUUGCCUGCAAAGCACAUUCAGGCACUGAUUGAAAUUUAUCAGGAUGGGAACCCUUCACUCCUCUGAUGAACAAAAGACUCUAAUUCAGAUAAAGCUGAUGGAGUUGUGGAGGCUACCUGUCUUCUGCUGCGCUGCUGCUGAUCCACUGUCUCAGUUGCCAUAGAGAUAAGCUCUGGAAGCCAUGGAAGAGCAUGGGAGAGAAGCCACCCACAGGCUCUCCACUGGUGGGCUCUGGCAGGGCCAUUCUCAGCAGGUACUAAGAGAGUCAGGUUCGGUCUCUGAAGGUGAGGAAGAGUCAACAGGUGCUAACCCAGUGACACAUGAGGCGGACUUGCACACACAUUACAUAGCUAUUCAAAGAAAUUCCAGGUAUUACCGAUCCAUGAGGCUGCCGAACAGAGGGAAAAGGAAGACUUCGAGAGAGACAAUGCACAUGCAUCAUGCCACAGGUUCGCUCAAAAAUAAUGAGCCCAUCAAAGAGCCUCUGAAUGUUUUAUCUCAUAAGGGAUCACCAUCUCCAGCAAACUCUGAUCAAACAACAUUAGAUGAGUUAUUGAUCCAAAGGCUGCUGCCUUCCUACCCCGGUUACCGUGGCAACCGCCCGGGCUCCCCCAGCCCCGCACAGCCGCCGCCGCUGCCUCCGGAGCUGCUGGGCAGCCGCUUGCCGCCACCGGCCAUGGAGCUACUGGCCGCGGCCCUCAGCGCCGCCUGCGCCCUCGACCAGGACGGCUCGGCGGGACAGCCCGGCAGGGACCCGUCCGCCACUGAGGAGACUCCCGCCGCCGGCACGGCCGAAGCACCGCCCGCACACCCCAUGACGGCCGACUCCUGGAGGAACCUCAUCGAGCAUAUCGGGCUCUUGUACCAGGAAUAUCGAGAUAAAUCUACACGUGAGGAGAUUGAAACCAGGCGAUUGCAAGAUUCACAGACAGACCCUGAGGAGACUUCACCCAGUGAGGAAACCCCAUCUGAAGCAGAACCCACAAGUACAACUGAAAACAAAGCUCCACCACAAAUCAAUUUGCUGAGAAAUUCCAACUCCAGGUUCAACUUAUGGCAGGAUCUUCCUGAGGUCCAGAACAGUGGUGUCCUCAGCAUCCUCCAACCAGAUGAGAUCAAGCUGCAGGAGGCCAUGUUUGAGCUGGUUACUUCCGAAGCGUCGUAUUACAAGAGUCUGAAUCUGCUGGUGUCUCACUUCAUGGAAAAUGAACGUCUGAAAAAGAUCUUGCACCAGUCUGAGGCACACAUCCUCUUUUCCAACGUGCUGGAUGUCAUGGCUGUCAGUGAGCGCUUCCUGUUAGACCUUGAGCAGCGGGUGGAAGAGAACAUUGUGAUCUCGGACGUGUGUGAUAUUGUCUACCAGCACACAGUUAAUCACUUCUCUGUGUACAUCACCUACGUCUCCAACCAGACCUAUCAAGAGAGAGCCUACAAGCAGCUUCUCCAGGACAAACCAGCCUUUCGGGAAGUGAUCUCACAGCUGGAGCUGGAUCCCAAGUGCAAAGGCUUGUCCUUUUCUUCUUUCCUGAUUCUGCCAUUUCAAAGGAUCACUCGACUCAAGCUGCUGGUGCAGAAUAUUUUGAAGAAAGUGGAAGAGAAAUCUGACAGAGAAUCCACUGCCCUGGAUGCACAUAAAGAACUGGAAACAGUGGUGAAAGCAUGCAAUGAAGGUGUCCGGAAGAUGAGCCGAACAGAGCAGAUGAUCAGCAUCCAGAAGAAACUAGAAUUCAAGAUCAAGUCUGUACCCAUCAUCUCUCACUCCCGCUGGCUGCUGAAGCAGGGGGAACUGCAGCAAAUGAAUGGUCCAAAGACAUCACGAACGCUUCGCACCAAAAAACUCUUCAGAGAAAUCUACCUGUUCCUUUUCAAUGAUCUGCUGGUGAUUUGCCGGCAAAUUCCUGGGGACAAGUAUCAAGUGUUUGACUCUGCUCCCCGAGGGCUUCUUCGGGUAGAGGAGUUAGAAGAUCAGGGGCAGAGUUUGGCCAAUGUCUUCAUCUUGAGGCUUCUAGAGAAUGCAGACGACCGGGAGGCCAGCUACAUGCUGAAGGCAUCAUCCCAGAGUGAAAUGAAGCGCUGGAUGAUUUCACUAGCCCCAAACCGGAGAACCAAAUUUGUUUCAUUUACAUCCAGACUUGUUGACUGCCCACAGAUCCAGUGUGUCCACCCGUACGUGGCCCAGCAGCCUGAUGAGCUCUCCUUAGAACUGGCUGAUGUCCUCAACAUCCUGGACAAGACAGAUGAUGGCUGGAUAUUUGGGGAACGUCUUCACGACCAGGAGAGGGGCUGGUUCCCCAGUUCUAUGGGGGAGGAGAUCCUGAACCCCAAAAUCCGAGCCCAGAACCUGAAGGAGUGUUUCCGGGUGCACAAGUCAGAUGACAGUCAGAGAAGGAAACUGGGCAGCAGAAAUCGCCAAUGACCACCAGCAUCCCCAAGCUUCUGGAGUGCCUCAGAGAGGCAGAAGACAGAGGCUGCCUGCUGGGAGGAGGUGGCAGCUGUGGGACACUGUGGGGAACCUGGUACAGACGAGGCACACACACCCAUGAACAAACAGACUGUUGUUCCUGGGCCCCCUGGCAGCACUGGUCCUUUCCUGGAGAUCAGCGCUUUAAACUGUAAAAUAACCCCUUUUCCAAGAGUUCUGUACAGCCCCAAAGAGCAUGAGCUCAACAGACACUGCCCAGAGGCCACUGGGUGCUGGCCAGAUGAGCCACAUGUGCUGGCUGCUUGGGAAAGGCAAUGGCCACAAACAUCACUGAGCAAUUAAUAUCACCCAGUUUAAGCACUAAAAGCUCAUCACUACCUUCCAAGUCUGGAGUGCUCUGAACCCAGCAUCUCACAGGUCAAGCAGUAGACUCAACUGUCUCAAGAGCUCAUUGGCAACAGGCUGGGAUAAGCCCCAGGAGCUCCACCACCCUAGUCGUGCUGUGAAGCCGCUAGGCUGAUUCCCACAGGCAGACCUCAAUCUGCUUCCAGUCAAAUGCUCUCCAGUGCUCCACACCCAGCUCUUGUCCAGCAGCAGCCCAGCCUUGCCAGCCCUGACCCACGUCUCUGCCUGACAACCUCGAAGCGCAUCUGGGCCCAGGACCAUGGCUCAUCAGCCCCCUCUUCCACAGCCCACCUCCUUCUGUAGGGCCACUGCAGAACCCCUGCAUCAUGGUCUUUCCUGGUUGAUUGUGCUCUUGUGGUCUUUGCUACUCCCUGCUGCCAAGGCCAGAGCAGGGGUGGCUGUGCCAGCGCUGUCUCACACACCACACGAGCCAUGGGAGCACCAACAGCCCCCCGUGCCACACAGCAGGUGAGUGACCUUACCUGGGAGCUGCUGUCCUGCGUGCUCUGGGAGGCCCAACAACCGCUGCCUGCAUGCUUGUAACCCACCCCCAUCAGCCUCCCUGUACAGGCUCACCGCCGUGUAAAUAUGCAAGUCCUGCGGCCAACAGAGCCAGCUCAUCAACGCAUGAAGCCCUGGGCACAGCACUGAGAGCAGCGUGGGGCACAGACCCACAGCAGCCACCCCUUGUUCAACAGUCCCACAUGUGGCUGAGGGCCUCUCAGCCCUCAAGCUGGGCCCAGCAUCCAUUAGGAAAAUCAAUUAUUUGGCACCUUCCUGUAACACAGCAAAGGAUUGUCUUCCAGGCAUUGUAGCCUGUGCUGAUGUAUGCUCUGGCCAUGGCACGGUUGUGCUCAGAAAGGGGACACAGAGCAGCUGCCGAUGGAGCCACGCAGUAGCCAUGGGCAUGGACAGAGGAGCACAGCCAUGCCAGCCGGAACAUGGGGAGAAAGCAGGAUGCUUGGAAGGGAGGCUGCAGAACUGCUCUUUGGACACAUGGAGUGUGCAGUGUGAGGCCCAAAACAGCUGAGAUGAAUUCCAGGGCUGUCCCCACUGAAACCACAGCCCUGGGACAGCCAGCCCAGAGCCAGCACCCAGGACCAAAGUUGUGGGAGCCACAGCACUGAAAGGGGACAGAAGGCAUUCUUCACUCAGGCACAGAUCAGUGCCACCAUAUUAAGCAUGUGACAACAGCCAGCAAGGCUGUGCUGCCUUGGCCACCUGUGGGAAGUUCAUACUAGCCAGCAAUUCCCACUCACUGCCCAGCCUCAGAGCUGGGCCAGGAAGGACUUGCAGCCUCCAACCUGGUGCAUUGGGCAGAUUUAAUGAGGACACCCCAAGCCAGGUCCCUCCAGCAGCACUCCACAGUGUGCUGAGACAACCAAACUUCCAGCUCAGGAUCCAAACUUUGCAACAGCCACAAAUUCACUAGUGCAAACCCCAGAGGAGCUCCAAUUUAAAUUACCUGAGAAAUCGCCACAUCUCACAUCAUCCAGCUUUGCAGCCCAGCAGCCAGCCCAGUCCAGCACAGGGCCUGCAGCCCCACAUGCCUGCCUGGCAUGUUUCUUGCAGCACAGAAAUGCUCCCAUCAGAUGUUUCACCAGUUCCCCAGUGCUAGGAUGCCAGUUCCUCAUUGCACUGCUCCAGGGAGAACGGCUCAGUGCUGCUGUGCCCUGUUCCAUCACUCACCACCAAGCCCUGGGAUUGCUCCAGCCCCUCCUGCUCCAUUGCAAUUCCAUAGGACUCCAGACCCCAGGCACAGGCUGUGCCAUUUUCAAGCGCUGAAUGGCAUCCAGUGUUAUUUCCUCAGACCCAGCCCUGCACGCCUCCAUCUCAGUGGUCUCCAGUGUUGUACAGGGCCAGGCCUGGGGCCCACAAGUAUGGGCUGAAGCCCCAUAGCCCUUGCCAGGCUGCCUCAGCGAACUGAGGGGAACUUCUUGUUGUCUCGUUGUUCUGUGUGAUAAAAUGUAGCUGAGCAAGCCAGCGCCAAAA